UUUAUCUCUCUGUUUUCCCCAAAACCCUAAGAGCUUCUCUCUCUUUCUGCCGCCGCCGAGCUCAAGCAGCCAUGGGUUCCGAAGGCUUAGUUCUCAAGGGAACCAUGAGGGCUCACACCGACAUGGUCACCGCCAUCGCCAUCCCCAUCGACAACUCCGAGAUGAUCGUCUCCGCCUCCCGCGACAAAUCCAUCAUCCUCUGGCAGCUCAACAAGGACGAGAAGGCCUACGGCGUCCCCCGCCGCCGCCUGACCGGCCACUCCCACUUCGUCCAGGACGUCGUCCUCUCCUCCGACGGCCAGUUCGCCCUCUCCGGCUCCUGGGACGGCGAGCUCCGCCUCUGGGACCUCGCCCAGGGCGUCUCGGCCCGCCGCUUCGUCGGCCACACCAAGGACGUCCUCUCCGUCGCGUUCUCCAUCGACAACCGUCAGAUCGUCUCGGCCUCCCGCGACCGCACGAUCAAGCUCUGGAACACUCUCGGCGAGUGCAAGUACACCAUCCAGGAGCAGGACGGCCACAGCGACUGGGUCAGCUGCGUGAGGUUCAGCCCCAACACUCUCCAGCCGACGAUCGUCUCGGCGUCGUGGGACAAGACCGUCAAGGUCUGGAACUUGACCAACUGCAAGCUGAGGAACACUCUCGAGGGCCACAAUGGCUAUGUGAACACCGUCGCCGUGUCGCCUGAUGGCUCGCUGUGCGCCAGCGGAGGGAAAGACGGCGUCAUUCUGCUGUGGGACUUGGCCGAGGGGAAGAGGCUGUACUCGCUCGACGCCGGUGCGAUUAUUCACGCUCUCUGCUUCAGCCCCAACAGGUACUGGCUCUGCGCUGCCACUGAGCAGAGCAUUAAGAUCUGGGAUUUGGAGAGCAAGAGCAUUGUCGAGGAUUUGAAGGUCGAUUUGAAGACGGAGGCUGAGAAGACUGAUGAUACCGGCAUUGCCAACAAGAAGAAGGUUAUCUAUUGUACUAGCUUGAACUGGAGUGCCGAUGGAAGCACAUUGUUCAGUGGAUAUACUGAUGGCGUCAUCAGAGUUUGGGGAAUUGGCCGCUACUAGAAAACUGCUUAUGGAGAGAUCUUUUGGUUAUCUGUGUACUGUCAAAGUCUAUUUAGGUUUUUGGUUGGAAAUUUGGAUAUUUGGGAUUUUAUCUCUAUGUUGACUAUAUGGCUUUAACGCCUUGCUAUUUUUUGGUUUUCAAUUAAGAUAUUAUGUCAGAUUUCAAGUUAAGUA